UAGCAUAAAUACUGAGUGUCCGGUCUCCAUAAUCAUCAGUUCAUUUGUGCACACAGCUAUCGAAUAAUUCAUCUAAACAACCGAAAAACCAAAACCGAAAAUGGCCGCUAAGUUGAUCAUCUUCGCCGUUUGCGUGGCUUCUGCCCUCGCCCAAUACUCUACCCCCGCUUACAGAACGGCGUACGCAGUGCCCGCAUACACAGCACCAAGGGCAUACGCCCCAGAGCCCGCAUACGCCCCAGCCCCAUACAGCUUCGAAUACAGCGUAAACGACCCACUCACCUACGACGUCAAGAGCCAGUCCGAAUACGCUGACGGCAACGGUAACAUCAAAGGAUCCUACAGCCUUUUGGAAGCCGACGGUUCCACCCGCGUCGUCGAAUACACCGCCGAUGAUCACAGCGGUUUCAACGCCGUCGUCAAGAAAAUCGAAGGAGGAUACAAGGCCCCGUACACCGCCCCCGCCUACAAGGCCGCCUACCCAGCAUACACAGCACCAGCUUACAAGCCAGUCCCGUACAAGGUAUUCCACUAACAACUUCUUAUCAAUUAUUGAGUCGCGACACUAAAUAGUCGUGCAGACAAUCAUAACAUAUUAUCCAUAUUAUUGUAUGUCCAUCAACCAAAUAUGUCAUCAAUGUAUUUAUUUUGUAAAUAAAUAACUAAUCAAAAUAACA